AUGCCGCCCAAAUUUCUUAAUGCACCUGGCAAGCUACGCCUCUAUUCCCCCUUCGUCCAGAAUAUUGUUAUGGGAUGCGUUCUAUUUUGCCUCCCUGGUAUCUAUAUCGCCCUAACUGGCCUCGGGGCUGGCGGGGGGCAGGCAAGCUCACAGGAGACCACUGCUUUGGCCAAUAGUAUUCUCUAUGGGGUCUUUACGGUUGCCGGAUGGUGCGCUGGGCCUGUUUUGAACCACCUAAAGCCGAAAUGGACUGCAGUCAUAGGAGCAAUUGGGUAUCCUGUUUAUGUUGGGUCACUGUGGUACUAUGACCGAGCGGGUGGACAAGUCUUUCCUCUUUUAGCUGCGGCGCUUCUUGGUAUAUGUGCCGGUCUUUUGUGGACAACAUCCGGCUGUAUACAAUUUGCUUAUCCAGAGGAGAAAGACAAGGCUACGUAUAUUACCUUGCAAUGCAUUCUUCAAUCCAGCGGUAGCACUGUUGGUGCACUCGUCGCAUUCGGCGUUACUAUGAACGGGGGCCAAGAAUCCGGAGUAUCCAGCGCCGUAUACAUUGCGUUUAUAUUAGUGAUGGCAGUUGCAAUCGUCGGAGCAGCCAUUUUUAUCGUUGACCCCGAGGACGUGGUUCGAGAUGAUGGCCGGCAUAUUGCCACAUUCGAAAAACCAACGGUCAAGAGAGAGAUCCUAGGUGUCCUGUCCGUGAUGACUGACCCGAAGAUUAUAAUUAUGCUCCCGGCUAUGUUUGUGGCAGAAAUGUGUCUAGCAAUGGUCAGCAGUGUGAACGCUUACUACUUCAAUCUCCGAACGCGUUCCCUCAAUAAUCUUCUGUUUCAAGCAGUCAUGAUACCAACCCCGCUCAUACUAGCAUAUAUACUCGAUAACAAGCACGUUAAAUCCCGAAGGCUACGCGGUGUAAUGGGCACUACCUUCACAUCCCUGAUUACAAUGGGCGCGACCUGUGGCCUUCUCCCCUGGGUGAUACGGAACCAAGUAGAUCGCGAAAGGCCCUCUGCCGUCGACUGGACUGACAGCAGCUCGGCUGCAGCUAUGGCGUUGUAUAUCCUCUUCGGCAUUGUCUACGCCUGCUUCCAGAUCGGCGUUCAAUGGACCCUUGCCGCACUGACGAACGACCCUGCUCUCUGUGCUCGCUAUUCUGGCGCGUCUAAAGGGACUGUUAGCCUGGGUAUGUGUGUCUCUUUCACGGUUGACUCGCAAGGAAUGUCAUUCCGAAAUCAGGUUAUUAUGCAGCUGGUUCUGUAUUGUGUCGGUAUCUGCAGCUUGUACUACGUCAUCAUAGUUUAUGUGCGCCAGACAAACUAUUUUGUUGAGGAGAGUGUCAUCGUGCCCACUGGCAUGGAAAAUGUUCUGGAUGGUAUUGAGAAGGAUGAUGGAACCCAACGACGAGUUGAAGAAAAUGAGCAGCGGUCGGGAUAG